AUGGCGGAUGUUCCCGGGGCGCAGCGACCGGUGCCCGGCGGCAGCCCAGAGCCCCGGGACCCCCUGGACUGCUGGGCAUGUGCUGUGCUGGUAACGGCCCAGAACCUGCUGGUGGCUGCUUUCAACCUGCUCUUGCUGGCGCUGGUCCUGGGGACCAUCCUGCUACCCGCUGUCACCAUGCUCGGCUUCGGUUUCCUCUGCCACUCCCAGUUCCUGCGCUCCCAGGCACCCCCUUGCACCGCGCACCUGAGGGAUCCGGGCUUCACCGCCCUGCUGGUCACCGGCUUCCUGCUCCUCGUGCCGCUUCUCGUACUUGCCCUGGCCAGCUACCGCCGCCUGUGCCUGCGCCUCCGCCUGGCCGACUGCCUCGUGCCCUACAGCCGAGCCCUCUAUCGGCGCCGGCGUGCCCCGCAGCCGCGGCAAACCCGAGCCUCAUCAGGGGCCCAGGCACUUCCCACAUCAGGGAAGGUCUGGGUCUGA